UUUCUCGCAGUACAAUUUUGCAAAAGGAAGUUAGCUGAACAGAGGCAGACCCAGUGAGGAAUGCUGUGAACGUGACUUUGUGGCGUGAUGGUUGACUGUGUUAACAAGAAGAUGAUAAUUGACGUGUUGUUUAUUGGUUUUCUUGGGCUGACAAGUGUUUUGUCCCAAGUCCCGCCGUUUACAGAAAAAUGUGAGAGUGGCCUUUAUCCACCAGACAGCAAUUGGAGUAUCCCCACUUAUGUGGUUAAUCUAGACCUGCCAGGGGAAGAGAGAUGGACUGAAGUGAUGAAGGACAGAGGACCACAGAUACGGCACCUCUUGUCCAUGUUCAAGCAAUUCAUUCGUGACUUCGGCAACCGCACAGAGAAAAUCAUCAAGUUCGUAGACACAAACGGGGAGAAGAUGGUGUCUACCUUACCAUACGCUGAUGAAAUGAGGGGCAUAGCCAAUGCCACUGGCCUACCACUGGGUGAGGUUGUGUUCUACAAUGUUUUCUAUGAGUUGUUUACUUUCUGCACCUCCAUUGUGGCCCAGGAUUCCUCAGGAAAACUCUUUCAUGCCAGGAACUUGGAUUUUGGAUUGUUUUUGGGCUGGGACGUGAAAACUGAUAGCUGGACCAUCACAGAGGCUCUUCGGCACACCAUUGUCAAUAUCGACUUUAGACGUAACAACAAAACCGUCUUCAAGUCGGUGCACUUUGCCGGUUACCUUGGUGUCUUGACAGGAGUGAAACCAGGUGUCUUCACCCUGACCAUGAAUGAAAGGUUCAACAUAGAUGGUGGAUUCAUGGGUGUCAUAGAGUGGAUACUGGGUGACCACAGCGGUCAGUGGAUGGGUUUCCUGACCAGACAAACCCUGGAGAAUUCUCACAGCUUUGAGGAAGCCAAGAAAAACCUGACCAACACAAAAAUGUUAGCUCCAGCUUAUUUCAUCCUAGGUGGAACUAAACCAGGGGAGGGCUGUGUUAUAACACGUGCCCGGGAGUCUGCUGUAGAUGUCUGGUGUAUGAACAGCUCUAUGUGGUACAUUCUGGAGACUAACUAUGAUCACUGGCAGAAGCCUCUAUUCCUGGAUGACCGACGCACACCAGCACACAAGUGUAUGAACACUCUCACUCAGAAGAAGGUUUCUGUGGCUGGAAUAUUUGAUGUGUUGUCCUCAAAACCAGUUCUAAACAAGCUGACCACAUACACUGCUCUAAUGCAGGUGGACUCAGGACAUUUAGAGACUUGGAUCCAGGCUUGUGAGGAACCAUGCUUCCCAUGGUGAUCAUGACAUCCAGCUCACCUUCAUAGGUGACCUGUGACCUGUAGAUGAUAACCUACAUGUAUGACUUGAAGCUAAGGAUGAGACUAAGAUCAUAAUCUCUGGAUGAAGGAGGAAUACCUCUGUAGAAUGUUGAACGGGAUUUAUGGAUGAUGAUCAGUGAAGAAUGGUGAUCUUCAAAUGAUUAACACAUGUGAACGAUGAACUCCUGUGUAAAUAUGUUAGGCCAGUUAUUUCCAACCAGACAUCUUCGUGAAUCCUGUCCUGUGAAAACUGGCCUCUGACCUGUGAAUACUGAUCCCUGACUUGUCAGUUAUUACAUAUAGCUCUAACCUGUGAAUACUGAUCCCUGACCUGUCAGUUAGCUCAUAUACCUCUAACCUGUGUAUACUGAUACCUGACCUGUGAAUUGUGACCUCUGACUUGUGUAUACUGAUCCCUGACCUGUGAAUUAUGACCUCUGUUUUGUGUAUACUGAUCCCUGACCUGUGAAUUAUGACCUCUGUUUUGUGUAUACUGAUACCUGACCUGUGAAUUAUGACCUCUAACUUGUGUAUACUGAUCCCUGACCUGUGAAUUGUGACCUCUAACUUGUGUAUACUGAUCCCUGACCUGUGAAUUAUGACCUCUGUUUUGUGUAUACUGAUCCCUGACCUGUGAAUUAUGACCUCUGUUUUGUGUAUACUGAUACCUGACCUGUGAAUUAUGACCUCUAACUUGUGUAUACUGAUCCCUGAAGACGACUUUAUCUUCAAAACCUGAAUAACAGACAUGAGAUUUGUCCUCUUUUUGGGGGAAAUUCCUCUUCAUUUAUACAAGAAAUGCAAGAUACAAGUGCUCAGAAUUGAAUUCAGAAGUGCUGAAAAGUUCACAAUUUUGAGUAUGAUGUAUGGUUUCCUCUUUUUCAUGCCUGAUAUGAUGAUCUAACACUUGUAAACCAGCAUGACUGUAAGGUUAAUACUGGUCUUAUGUGAAUAAUAAUGUGAGUGUGUUCUCAAUGUUUCUGUCCAGCUACGUCAACCUUUUACCAUUUCCAUAUUUUUGAGUAACAACAACUUCAGAAGCGUUGUUUGAUGAGUAUUUAGUGCAAACCAACAAUUUUCUACCAUCUCCAGAUGAAGGGGAGCUAUAAAUUGACUGUUGUAAGUGAAUAUUGUAUGCAAGUGCUAUUUUUCUGUGAUUGUUAUAGGUACCUUAUUAAAAUGCCAUGACUUUGUAAAUUGAAUGAAAAUGUUAAAGAUAAAGCCAUAGUGCUGUGGCAUGAUGUAUGAUUUCGAGUAUAUUUUUGAAUUGUUUGCAUGAGACGAGAAAUAAAAUCCUUGUCUUUUGUUGAUUGGAUCCAAUAAAUGUUGCAAGAAUGUAUUAAAUAACAUGUCAGGCUGCUGAACAUGCAGUAUGUACACAUACAGAACGUUCUCAGUAAUUACAAAGACAUUGAAAGUAAGCUGGUCGAUCACGGAUCUCUCCCCAAAAGCGCUCACAGUGGGUGAUAUGGGCAUGCCAACUGGAGUAUAGGUCUACCAUCACCUUUAACAUAAAGCCAGCCUUUCCCAACAGCUUGUAAAAGGCAAUUGACGAUGUCAUUUUUCCGUGUACACGCUUGUUUAUAAAGUUAAAAAAAAAAUAAAAAAAAUAUCGAUACUGGAAAAUCAACCUAGCGAA